AUGCUCAUGGAUGUAGAAAUGCAUGAUGAGUAUUCGGCAAAGGAAGGCACAUGUCCAAGCAUUAGGUUGGACUUCACCACACGCUUCUACGAUGCUAAGGCGAGCAUGUUAGACCGGAUCAAGGAGUUAGAAGGCAACGCAGCGAACACCUGUGUUCUGCAGUCCACCCGCAUCAUGGAUUCAUCCAUUCAGCCAGUAACGGAGCACGUGAGGUUACCCCAAAUUAGGCUCCAGACGUUCGACGGCAACAUAGAUCAGUGGUUAAGUUUCCGGGAUCUUUUCCUGUCGCUGAUCCAUUCCAAGGUGGACUUACCGGAUGUUGAAAAAUUCCAUUAUCUGAAGGGAUGCCUAGCCGGAGAAGCCAGAGCUCUCAUCGACCCUUUGGCAUUGACAAGGGCCAACUACACCAUCGCCUGGGAAACACUGAUGACGAGAUACAACGAUAGUAAGGUCUUGAAACGCAGACAAGUGGCAAACCUAUUCAAACUCCCAAAGGUUACAAAGGAAUCGUCAUCGGAAAUUCAGGUAUUACUGGAAGGCUUCGAGCGAGUGGUGCAAACUUUGGAUCAACUGGUGAAGACCGAGGAUUACAAAGAUCUAUUGCUGUUGGAGGUAUUGUGCGCUAGGUUGGAUCCCGUAACUCGUCGUGCGUGGGAGGAGCACAGCGCGCUGCAGACCCAGGAUACCGUAAAAGAUCUCACCCAAUUUCUACAAACGCGAGUCAAAAUCCUUGCCUCAUUACCAUCAAAGGCUCAGGAUACGAAGCUGGAACCCUCAAAACCUCUUAAAAAGAACUUCGCCUCUAGAACGAGCUACAGCGCAGCUCAGGUGUCAUCCGUAACGUGUAUUGCUUGCCCAGAGUCUCAUCUGCUUUACACGUGUCCGACGUUUUUAAGGUUGAGUCCAUCCGCUCGCGAUAAACUAUUGAGGCAGCAUUCUCUAUGCAGAAAUUGUUUCCGACGUGGUCACCAAGCUACAGAAUGCAGAUCCAUGCAAGUGUGUCGUAAAUGCAGAGGAAAGCACCACACUUUAGUGUGCUUCAGAGAAGAUGAAGGAGUCUAUCGGAACCCACGAACAGCAACACCCCCCAGAAGAGGUCAACAAUCAUCUCAGCCAACAGAUACAUCAGCAGGAACAGUCUCGUCAAAUGUUGCCAGGAACCAUUCAUCGACGAUAAUUCUCGCCACAGCAGUCGUUUUGGUUGAAGAUGACACAGGAAAGGCUUUCCACGCAAGGGCUUUACUAGACUCCGGAUCAGAAAGCAACUUCAUGACAGAGAGGCUCUGUCAGCGGAUGAAGAUCUCCCGAAGGCGUUCCAAUAUCUCGGUGCUUGGGAUCGGCAACGCAAACACAACUGUGAAGUACCAGAUUUCAGCAGUUGUCAGGUCACGCACAACUAGUUUUGUUAAAAAUAUGGAGUUUCUACUUCUACCAACGGUUACCGCAGAUCUGCCUACAACCAGCGUUACAGUAUCAUUAUGGAAGUUCCCACAGGGUGUGGAACUAGCAGAUCCAGGUUUUUUCCAAUCGAAGGCGAUAGAUAUGCUACUUGGUAUACAGCAUUUCUUUUCGUUCUUCCAAACCGACAACAAAAUCCCGCUAGGCAAUGGAUUGCCCAUGCUGAUAGAUUCAGUAUUUGGUUGGUUAGUCACCGGAGCAGUUGAACACCAGGGUUCAACUCGGCGCAUCGUUUGCAAUACGGCUUCUACAGUACAUCUAGAUGAACUUCUCACCAAGUUUUGGUCGUGUGAGGAGAUAGGGUCUCCGAACAUAUUUUCCCCGGAAGAACAACGCUGCGAGGCGCAGUUUGUUCGCACAAUCCAGAGGAGUUCUGAUGGGCGAUAUACUGUGGGUUUACCGAAGAACGACCAUGUAUUUUCGACGAUGGGCGAGUCGCGAGGCAUAGCACUUCAGCGACUGCAUGGCUUGGAACGUAGAUUGGCGAGAGAUCCCGAGUUGCGAAACCAAUACAACCAGUUUAUGGAGGAGUACGUGGACCUAGGGCACAUGCGUAGGGCGCAUGUGGGCCCAGAGAAGCGUUGUUAUUUACCACACCAUCCGGUCAUCAAACAGGCAAGCACAACAACCAAGGUUCGAGUGGUAUUUGAUGCAUCGUGUAAGAGCAGCAGUGGCGUUUCCCUGAACGAUGCACUCCUGGCAGGACCUGUGAUCCAAGACGAGCUACGAGCCCUUAUCAUGCGUUGCCGAAUGAAGCGGAUAAUGAUUGUCGCAGAUGUCGAGAAAAUGUUCCGACAAAUAGGUAUCGAUAGAGCAGACAUGCCACUUCAAAGCAUUCUGUGGAGGAAAGAUUCAUCGGAGAACGUGGAAACGUAUGAACUCACCACCGUUACAUACGGUACAAAACCGGCACCGUUUCUCGCUACCAGAACACUGAAGCAGUUGGCCACAGAUGAGCAGGAAUCAUAUCCAAUGGGAUCCAAGGCAAUCAUGGAAGACGUCUACAUGGAUGACGUUUUGACUGGAACGGAUAACGAAGAAGCGGCUUCGAUACUCUGCGAACAACUUAUCAGCCUAACGAAACGUGGAGGGUUUCGACUAAGAAAGUUCGCAUCCAAUUCGCCAACGGCCUUGCGAUUAGUAGACGAGGAAGACCUUGCGUUGCCGCAUACGACCGAAAUACUAUUGGAUCCAGACCCGGCAGUCAAAACCCUAGGACUUGUGUGGCAACCCCGAACUGACAUCUUGCGAUUCAACUUCACCAUAUUGGAUACCCCGGAAAACGAAAGGCUAACGAAACGAAAAAUUCUGUCGGCAAUAGCAAUGUUAUUCGACCCGCUUGGUAUGGUAGGAGCUGUCACCACAACUGCCAAAAUUUUCAUGCAGAGGCUGUGGAAAUUGAACGAGAAAGGAGAAAGGCUUGGCUGGGAUCAUCCGGUUCCACCUGAAGUUGAACGAGAAUGGCAUAAUUUCCAUCGGCAGCUCCACUUGAUGAACGAGUUGAAGAUACAGCGUUGUGCAAUCAUCCCAAAUUCCGUUAAGAUGGAGCUGCAUUUCUUCUCAGACGCAUCGGAGAAGGCGUAUGGUGCCUGCGCAUACAUUAAAAGCAUCGAUCCACAAGGAAAGAUUUUCGUGCAUCUACUAGCGUCGAAAUCGAAGGUCGCCCCUCUGAAAUGCCAGUCGAUACCCAGGUUGGAGCUGUGCGGAGCACUUUUAUCAGCUGAAUUAUCCGGAAAGGUACGAGAGGCGUUGAAGGUCGAAACGGAGAUGUUUUUCUGGACGGAUUCAACAUGCGUACUGCAGUGGUUGAAGGCGAUUCCUACGACGUGGGCUACGUUCGUUGCAAACCGUAUCCAGGUGAACAAACUUUGGUGGAAUGGUCCCGAAUGGCUCCUGAGAAAUUAUUAUCCGGAACAACCCAGCAGCUUUUACACUGAGGUAGCAGAUUCAGAAGUUCGGCAUGUUGCAGCGAACCUGACAACAAGUCAGACCGAUUUCGGAAUGGAAUACGUUAGCAAAUUCUCGUCGUUCAACAAGCUUAUACGCAGCACCGCAUACUGGAUGCGACUGAUGCGAAUUUUGAGGAAAAACGAAACAAAUCCCAACAGUUUUCUAACGGUGGUGGAGCUUAGAGAUGCCGAAUACGCCGUAAUCCGCCAAAUACAGCAGGAGACGUUUCCCGAAGAAUGGAAGUGCCUAGCCGAAGGGAAGGAUGUUCAUCGAAGUUCACCCCUAAGAUGGUUCGUUCCUCGAAUUUCUUUGGAGAAUUUGAUACGAGUUGGCGGCCGAUUAGGGAAAUCGGAGGCGUCAGAAGAUACCAAACACCCUAUAGUCUUACCAGCGAAACACCCUUUUACAGUUAUGUUGUACGAACACUAUCAUCAGAAGUUGAUGCACGCUGGAUCACAGUUGUUGCUUAGUUCCGUUCGUUUGAAGUAUUGGCCACUUGGAGGUCGGAAUGUUCCCCGACAGAUUGUACACAACUGUAAGCAGUGUUUCCGCUCCAAGCCGAGUCCCAUUCAGCAGUUCAUGGGUGAACUACCUUUAGCACGUGUAACAAGAUCCAGACCGUUUUCCAAGACCGGCGUGGACUACUUUGGACCAGUAUACGUUCGCUUAGCACCAAGACGACCAGCAAUCAAGGCAUACGUAGCAGUUUUCAUCUGUCUUUGCACAAAGGCGGUACACCUCGAGCUAGUCUCAGACCUUUCAACGGACCGUUUCUUACAAGCAUUGCGACGAUUCACUGGGAGAAGAGGACAUUGUUCGGAUAUUUAUUCAGAUAAUGGGACUAACUUCGUUGGAGCUCGCAACUUUCUACGAGAAUUGCUAAAUCUUUUGCGUAAUCGUCAACAUCAGGAGAAGGUGUCCAAGGAGUGUGCAACAAACCAUAUACAAUGGCAUUUCAUCCCUCCAGCAGCUCCUCACUUUGGAGGCCUUUGGGAAGCAGCAGUUCGAUCGGCCAAGAAGCAUCUUCUCAAGGUUCUUGGAGAAAACGCUGUUACCUUCGAAGAUAUGACCACGAUUCUAGUUCAAGUAGAGAACUGUUUGAACUCGAGACCAAUCGCUGCGUUAAGCGAUGACCCAAAUAAUCUUCAACCAUUGACACCCGGGCAUUUCUUAAUUGGUGAGGCGUUUCAACAACUACCAGAAAGAGACUACAGUGAGAUACCGAUGAAUCGACUAAAUCAGAGCCAAGUUCUACAGAAGAAACUUCAGCAUUUCUGGGAUAGAUGGAGUGUUGAGUAUCUUACGCAGCUGCAAGGACGGUAUAAGAGAUGGAAGUCACCGGUUAAAAUAUCUGUUGGGAGACUAGUCAUCAUCAAAGACGAUAAUCUACCACCCUGCCGCUGGAAGAUGGGACGAGUUGAGAAGCUGCAUCCAGGAUCAGACGGUGUUGUGAGAGUAGUAACUCUGAAGACCGCUACAGGACCUUCUACGCGACCAAUUGAGAAACUUUGCAUACUACCAGAAGCGUUUCAGCCUCAAGAAGAUGACCCACGUUCCUACGAAAACCAGACAGAUCAGACCACCCCCUUGUGUUCGUGA